AUGGCGAUUGUGGAGGAAGCAUACGUGUACGAGGACGAGACGCAUCUCACCGUGCUCAAGACUUCACUCUUCUUCGCCGGCGACGGAUUCACUGCCUACGACUCCAAAGGCGAACUCGUUUUCCGGGUUGACUCGUACGGCCCCGACGCCGGCGGCUCGGGCGAACUCGUGCUUAUGGAUGCCUCCGGCAGGUGCAUCCUCACCGUCCGCCGCAAGAGGCCGAGCCUCCACCAGCGAUGGGAAGGCUUCGCCGGCGAGGGGGCGGAGGGGAAGAAGCCUCUCUUCAGCGUCCGGCGAUCUUCGAUCAUCGGGCGGUCGAGCAUGACUGUGGAAGUGUACAGCCCCGGCGAGGAGUACCAGAUCGAGGGCUCCUUCGCCUGCCGGAACUGCAGCAUCCUCAACGCCGACAAGGAGGCCGUGGCCGAGAUCCGCCGCAAGGUCGACGCCACCACUAACGUUGUGCUCGGGAAGGACGUCUUCGUGCUCACUCUGAGGCCGGGCCUCGACGGCGCCUUUGCCAUGGGGCUUGUCCUCGUGCUCGAUCAGAUCCACGGCGGUGAUUAUGACGAGGACGGCGGCGGUGGGAAUGGGGCGAGGGUCGGUGUGGACCCCACUCCCAUAGCAACACACGAGGGCAACAGUUUCCAGGUCAUCUCCCAAAGGCCGAGUACCGUGUUCUUAGUAGCAUUGUGUGUGAAUUACAGUGGCUCUCUUAUCUACUCAAGGACUUUUGUCUUCCAGUCCCUGCACCAAUUCCAUUAUGGCAUGAUAAUCAAGCGGCCUUGUGUAAUGGCUAACCCCGUGUUUCAUUACUGUACUAAACAUUUAGAAAUCGACCGUCAUAUUGCAUGGAAAUCAACUUAA